CACACACAGUAUUUUAUAGUCGGACAUUAGUUGGGAAGAUUCUGAUGGCCUUUUAUUCAUAGUAUGUGAUAAGAAAAUAAAUUCCUCUGCCAGAUCAACAAAAUCUUAUGACAAAUAGCACUUACUCUGUCAGAUGAACUCUGACGAAAGUGCAACCCAUUGUACCAAAAUCUCAGCACAUCAACUUUCUCAUAGGAGGAGCUCUGAAAUGUAAACAGGAAUGCAUGAUGGGUUUACAUGUCAUUGGAACAUCCACUCCCAAGUUCCAUAAACCUAAACUGAACAAAAUAUUCCAGUUAUAGUUUUCCAAUACCCUCUUUAUUUUUGGCCCUUCUUUGGCAAUGUGAUUAUCUUAUUUUCAAGCUUUGCAAUAUGAUUUUACGUAGCAGUUAUUUUAUGCAAUAAACACAAUGAGGUCUGUGUGUUCUUUCAAUUGGGAGUGUUUCAUUGUGGCUUCUGGUUGCAGUAUGACCACGUUGACCCCUAAAGCCCUGGACAAAUCUAAACCUUUACUCUUCUCUUGCAGUAUGCCAAUGAAAACACUUCCCUGUUGUUAACACUAGGCCUAGGGACAUAAUACAUGGUUGGGAAAUCUUAAUCAAUGGUUUUCAUUUCUCUGUCUAGCCGUCUUUAUACGACUGACCACAGUAGCCAUGACUGCACUGCAGUACCAGAUGAAAAAACAUUAGAACACAAUCUAAUCUCUCAAUCCACAGCCAACACUGCUGUACACUAUCAAAAUACACAACGUACAAUGUACACUAAGAAUCCUGAAACUAAGGGAGCAAUGUUAUAUCCACACGUGACACUAGGGGACAGAUUGUAGCAAACCAAUAUAAUGCUUUUUAAUUUUUUUAAAAUCUUUCACAGUUUUGUAAUAUGAAUGUUUUCCAUUGGACACUGGACACUUUAUUAGUCAUUAAUUCAACAGUAUUGCACAUUGCAGAUUGAUUAGUCUAUGUGUCCACAAAGCUCUUUUCAUCAACCACAUAAAAAGACCAAAUAUGUGAAAUAUGGAAAGCACUUGUUUUUAACCUCCUAAAAUUAUAAUAAAUGAACAUUGUAUUUUUGCAUAGAUUGGCAUAGAAUUUGUCAUUGACCUAACACUGUGGAAAAAUCCAACUUUAUAGAAUAGGUCCGCCAGUAGUGAAUUCUAAAAGUCUGCUUUGCACAUCUGCUUUCCGACAAGCAUCACAUGACUUCACAUCAUCCCUUGUGUAAGCUCUCUAAAGGCAAAUCAGAGCCAAGAGGCAUUAUUUGACUUCCCUAAAAUGUGCCCUCCAACCGUCUUGGAAUUGAAUAGCAGACAUUUGAUCCUGUGAAGUGGAGUAGCCAUUGGAUUUAGUUCAAUCUAAAAUAAGCAACAAAGACAACUAUGGGGAUAAAAUGAACUAUUUACAUUUACAGGGCUCUCAAAAGGAACAGUACACUUACUGAAAAAAAUAGGCUUCUAACAAACAGUUGUGGCAAACCUUUGGCCAAUUUGCAGCAAACUCAGUACAAAUAUGCAAAUUAGAUCACAUAGAACUUUAAAUGAACUUGCUUCUCACAGAGAAAACUGAACAUACUAAACGUACAAAAUAUACUAAACAACGUAUUCAAUGUCUUAACAGAUACAAAUAAAUCCAAUACAACUUGAAGUCAUCAGCAUGGUAAUGCAGAAAAGAGCAAAGACUGGAUCUUCUCCACAUAAAUUGACCAUAGGAUGUUUAAAGGGACACCUACAGAAUUUACAUGAGCCAAGUGAUAACUGAGCAAUAGCUUUCAACCAAUGGAAGUUUAAAAGAUAAUUAACACUGAAAUAAUUCAAACAGAAAAUUCAAACCCUGUUCAGAACUAUUGACUUUUUUGAGUGAACUUGAGAACUUUGAACCCUUUCGUCCAAAACUUGUUGAAUGCAUGCACUGAAACAUUCAGAAAACACAAAAGAAAAACACAAUUAGGAUACUGAAAACAUUUUCUAUUUUGGCAUCUUAAAGGUAGAUUCAGCAGCUAAUGAGCGGGUUCGGCUUUUGAAAAAACAGAGUCAGCUGUUACUAAGUUACUUUGGUGUUGGUAUGCUUCUCACUGAAACUAGAUUUCUAUAUAUUUUUCUGCAAAGAAACAAUGUUUCUGCCGUUUACAAAUGCUAUAUAAACAAACGAUGUAGCUAGCAUAAACUGGGACUUAGGCCUACUAAAUCUCCCUUUAAAUGUGUGGCCAACUGUUCCUAAGGAAGGCACAGUAUACACGAUUUUACUCCAGCCAAGCCUCAGCAUAAUUGGUUCAAACUAAUCAACUAAUUAUGAUAAUCAAUCUAGACUGGGGACUUCAUCAUUAAGAUACAGUUGUCUACUAGUUGUCUUUGGUUCCUGACUCAGGUGUAUAAGGCUUGCGUGGAAGAAAACCAACCAAAAAUGGUGUUAUGCCUAAUAUGGCAAUUCAAAAAUGAAUUUAUGAUAGCUUUCAUUUCAAAGCCAUGUGUGCAAGAAGCUUUGACUUUGAACACAUCAUUCUCUGUCCUCAGAUUGAUUGAAGGCCAAAAAAAUAUUUUGUCUUGUAACUGAUUGCUUCUAGCAAGAGAGAAGGAACACAUGAUCAAGAUGUGCUAGCUACUAGUUCAAAGCAAUAAAAUAUCUAAUUGUUACAAAGAAUAAAUGUAUUGGCUACAUUUAUGAGAAUAACACAUGCAUUUGCAUUCCUUUGCCAAGCUUGAAGAGGACACGCUCAUUUAUCACUCAAUAAAAGCGUUAUGAGGGUCUGCACCAAACAUCUUUCCGGGGAGUUGAUGCAGCCGCUUCCAACACAACGGCUCUGGCGAGGGUUGUCACUGGGGAGGAAACACAAAACGCCUGGGACAAGCUGAAUAAAUGGGACAGCUGCCAGGACUGUGCCCAAAUAAUUGAACUCCUUACAGGCCUUCUCUCCAAUCCAGACAUUCAGGUUGAGGAUAGAGUCUUGAGGUCUCUUUUGAGCAAACCAGAAGGAAACACAGACUUUCAGUUCCUGAUAUGGUUUUCACCUGUAACACCCCUAUAACGGCCAUCUCAAACCCUCAUUCUACACUAGAAGUGACCAAGAUCAGGAGCGAGCUGGAGAAACUGUGUGACCACAUGCCAGGUCCUGCAGCACCUAAACUGUGCCGGGAGCAGGUGGAUAAGAAUCUCCCACUGUCCUUCGCCUUCUUGACCAGCUUCGCCAAACCAGCUCAGGUGUGCUCUGUGUUGGGACUGUGUGGCUCCCAGUCAGAGGGCCAGCAGCAUGACCUGCUGAACAAUCACAUUCAAGACACUCUGAAGUCAGCCAUGACAAUGGUGCAGUUCUCACCACAAUGUACGUUAUGCGUUUAUCUCAUCAAGAUACUGAAGAAUAUGCUGCCAAAGAUGGCUGUGAUUGAUAUGCUGGGGAAGGCGUGUGGCAUUCUGCCCUCAUCUUACAGAGAUCAGUGUGAGAACCUGAUAGAGAAGUAUGGUAAGAUGCUGAUGGACAUGCUCCUGAGCUACAUCAACCCUGAGGCCAUCUGCACCCUCAUUCAAGUCUGUCAUGGCAUGGAGACGCUUGUCAGUGAGAAUGCUCCUCUGUCUGACUGUGACUCCUGUCUGACCCUGGCGGUUUUGACUCAUCUACAGCUGGGCUCCAAUGCUUCAGAGCCCCAGACCGCCUCCUUCCUGGGCUCUGUCUGCCAGCUCCACCCCAAUGCCCUCCCCAAGUGUGACGGCUUCACCAAGCUCCAUGGCCACCAGCUUAAGGGGGUUCUGGGUAAACCAGAGUCUGCCCUUAAUGUGUGUGAGAGGGUGGGUCUGUGUGGGGGAGUGAGAGAGGCAGGAGAACAGAGAGAGGACCCAUGCAUUCUGGGCACCAGCUACAGGUGCAGAGACCUCAAGACUGCCCUGGAAUGCGGGACAGUGUCCUUCUGCCAGAAGUUUUUGUGGAAGUAGAACCUUCACCCAGCACCUACUCACAAAGUGGACGACUGACAAUCCCAAGAUUUAGAGCCUGCAGCCUUUGCUACGAUGAAUGAUCCCAAAGCUUUCAACAUCAAAUUGUAAAAACUUGAUAUUUACUGUGUCAAUAUCAGAGAACAUGUCCUGCAGACAUGGACAUUGAUUGCACGGAGUAUUUUGCCAAUGAUAUUUUAUAAAGCUCUUUUGUCCUUUUAUCUGCUGUACACAACAUACUCUGUAUGAACUCCACAAAGCAAGUCAAUGAAUUCCUAGGGCUGGGGAUUUGUCAAGAGAACACAAUCAAGAUAUUGAAACUAGACAUUCUUUAUAUUUGCUGUAAAGGUGGCCUAGAAAAGGUACUGGGGAAAUGAUUAGAUUAAACUAGGGCUGAGAUGUUGACACACCAACGAUAUGAAGAACUAUUGACUUGCAACGUGUAUGCUUGCGAUUUUAGCUGUAGUCAUAAAAUCCUUCUCAAAUAUAUUCAUGUUCAUGCCCAUUCUCCUUGUUACUGAAAUGUUAAAAAUAAGGUGUGAUCAAAGCUAAACAACUAUAUCAAUUUACUCAAAUAAUAAAAACAGUUUCCUUUA